CUUGAAUCGCUACCAUUUAUUAAGGGCUCCUCCCUUCUCACGAAGUAGAAUUAAGCAUCAUCUAUUUUACUUCUGCACGAUCGCAAUAUGUCCAACCCAACCCUGGUCUUCUGUGCCGGUGCCUGGUACUCACCAGUAGCAUACGGCCCACUCAUCGAGAGACUUCCCGAAUAUACCUGUCGCACCGUGGCCUUCCCCUCUAUCGAGCAAGCCAAUGAAGUCAAAGACCUCCAACCCGAUAUUACUGCCGUACGCAGUGUCGUCGAAAAAGAAUGCGAUGCCGGAAACGACGUUGCAAUUGUCCUGCACAGCUGGUCUGGUCUCCCCGUCAGCAGUGCCCUCGAUGGACUCUGCAAGACGGAGCGCCAAGAAGCGGGUAAACCAGGUGGCGUGGUGAAGCUCAUCUACCUCUCUGCGUUUAUUCCGGAGGUUGGUGAGAGUUUAAUUGGGGCAUUUGGCGGGGUGCCGCCGGAUUGGUAUGUUCGGGAUGUGGAGAAUGGCACCGUGCUGCCUGACGAUCCCUUCAAGCUGUUUUUCCACGAUGUUCCCGACGGCCAGAAAUGGGCCGAGACAUUGCGACCCCAUGCAUGGGCGACCAAAAAUAGCCCUGCCACAAGUGCGGCGUACCUGCGAAUUCCAUCUGCCUAUCUGCUGUGUGAAGAUGAUCGAGCAAUCCCAUUGUUUGCACAAGAAGGGAUGGUUGAAAAGGCCCGAGCCAAGGGAGCCACGUUCGAGACAGACAAGGUUAAGACGGGACAUACGCCGUGGCUGGUGGUGCCGGAUCAGGUUGUGGAGUUUGUGAAGAGACAUGCAUGAGAGUAAUAUAAUUAAUUUAAAGAGCAGCCAAUUCGGUUGACCGAGUCCUUCCAUCUGCAUCCUGCUUCCCUUGAAUUGAGGGGUUCGAGCGUUGAGAAUCACAUCGUGGCGGGUGGUCCCAUUGCCGGAGCCCGUCCGCGCCUGU